GUUUAGUUUUGCUGACAUAAAUACCCGAAUAUUCUCUCUAAUUUACAACAGAACGACCUGAAAAGGCAAAAGCUACCUACUUUCUUCCCGGAAUCGAAAUGUUCCCCUGAAGCUGAAAAGGCGCUUUUAUACCAAUUCCCGUUGCCUGUUUCAUCCCUGAGCUAUUCGGAAAAAAUGGUAGUUUUCCUGGGAAUUAUGGCUCGGCCUCACCCGCCGAAUCCUUCUUCCCUUCUCUAUAUCACCCGCUCCACCACCCGCCAAAUUUUCCCCAUUCGGAAAAAUGCUUCAUUUGCUGCCGUCCAACGAGAUAGGGUUCCCCGUUUCCACCGUUUCCUCCAGGCUUCUCUCCAUUCCAGUGCUAGCUCAGAAAAAGAUGCGGUUCAAGUGCCACCUCAGAAGCCUGAAAUUAUAUUUAUUGGGACGGGAACAAGUGAAGGAAUCCCGCGUGUGAGCUGUCUCACGCAUCCUACAAAGAUCUGUCCGGUUUGUUCAAAAGCCACAGAACCUGGAAACAAAAACAGGAGGCUUAAUACGAGCUUACUUGUUCGAUAUUCCAGGCCGACUGGAAAUUACAACGUUCUCAUAGAUGCUGGCAAGUUCUUCUACCAUAGUGCUCUAAGAUGGUUCCCUACUUAUGGGAUAAGAAAUCUUGAUGCGGUUAUUAUUACUCAUUCUCAUGCUGAUGCAAUUGGAGGUUUGGAUGAUCUUCGUGAUUGGACUAACAAUGUUCAGCCCCAUAUUCCAAUUUAUGUGGCGAAGCGUGACUUUGAGGUGAUGAAGAAGACUCAUUAUUAUUUGGUCGAUACUAGUGUUAUUAUUCCUGGCGCUGCUGUGUCAGAGUUGCAGUUCAACAUUAUAAACGAGGAACCUUUUACAGUUCAUGACCUUAAGAUUACUCCUUUACCAGUCUGGCACGGGAAGAAUUACCGUUCACUGGGAUUUCGGUUUGGCAAUAUUUGCUAUAUUAGGUAUGAGUUCUGCAAAUUUGCUUUAUUGCUAAGGAAAAACUUAGCUAAUCAUUCUUGGAUUGUUAUACAGUGAUGUCAGUGAAAUACCCGAAGAAACUUAUCCACUGUUGAAGGACUGUGAUCUUCUCAUUUUGGACGCCCUUAGGCCGGAUCGAUCUUCUUCAACACAUUUUGGACUUCCUAGGGCAUUGGAAGAAGUAAGGAAAAUUCAACCGAAGAAGACAUUUUUCACCGGCAUGAUGCACCUGAUGGAUCACGAAAAAGUGACUGAAGAUCUGGUGAAGUUGGGGGAAACUGAAGGACUUGAUGUGCAACUCAGUUAUGAUGGGCUUCGAGUGCCAGUAAACUUGUAGUCUUGCCAUUUCUGCAAACCUCAGACAUUAGUAAGGUAUUCAUUCAUUGAGAAACUUGUCAACUUCGAAAGUUUAAAGGGACAGAGGCCAUAAUGCAGUCUCAUGAAUAAUGCAUUAAAAUUUUGAAGGGUGCAAUAAAUAAAUUAACAAUGAUACCCAUUGUGUAUUAAUCUGAAGUAGUACACUUAAAGAAGACUUAACAAAUUCCAUACCCCCGGGUCAACCAAUGAAAACAGACUACCCAAAAUUCAGAAAAUUGUGCUUGAAAUUUAUAAAUUACUUAAUUCUUAUCUUGAUAUUAC